ACCGUACACAGUAGUAACGGUAAAGAGUGGGCCUAGUCUAAAUCUUCUUUCACAUUUCAAUGUUAUUUUUCCCUCUCGGCUUUUUCUCGCAUCUCAAAUCAACCACUAAGCAACCAUCCUUGAAGCAGCCAAGUACCGAAACGAGUAACCAAGUACACAAAUCGCGUCGACCAACUGCACGCCGCAUCUCACGAAGAUUCCCCGGACAUCCGCCGACAACUUGCCGUACAUUAGUCCUAUUACCUUUCUUUUAAACAGUUUAUGACGAUCUUAGAUGGCAUCUUAUCCUGAACCUUCAUCUGCUGAAGCUGAGCCAGCUGAGGUCCCAGCUUCAGUAUCACAACCCCAAUCCUCCUCGCCGUCGCCACCAGCCAUCUCUCAACCUCAACCUCAAUCUCAACCACAACCACAACCACAACCACAACACCAACCUCUUCCACAUCUUCACCCUCAUGAUCAAUCGCAAGUAUAUGAUGGCCUCCCUUCACAGCUGCCCGCUACUACCGUCGCGCAUCAUGGCCUUCAGGUCCUACAAGCUGCAUCUGCAGCUCACCCAACAACUCCCGAUCCCGUCGACUUAGCGCAGCAGUAUGCUCAGUCAGCAACUCUACAAAUGGGCGACGGCCAGUUUAUUGCUAUGGGCACAACGCCUACUGUUAGCCCCCCCUCGGCAAUAACACCUGCGUCGCAAAAGGUAUCGCGACUAAGACGUGCCUGUGAUAUGUGCAGCCAACGAAAGGUCAAGUGCGACGAGAGCGGCCCGCCAUGUAAACCCUGUGCAGAUCUUCAAGUUGAUUGCACCUUCAACCGAGAGAUGAAGCGACGUGGACCACCCAAUAAGCAUGCUGAGGCUGCGAGAGCUGCGAAACGGCCUCGUAACGGUAACGAAGAUGCAUCUCCUGUCCCUCAUCACGCCGCUGAGACGUUGGUUUCCAUUGCCGCAAAUCCCCCUUCAGGCGCUUUGGAUGCCGAAAACAUUGCGCCUUGGCCCAUCUUGGAGCUGCUCAUCGACGACUUCUUCACCUACAUACACCCCUUGUUGCCUUUCCCGCACGAACCUUCCUUCCGCGCCGCAUUCAACAACCGCAUGGAUAGAUCAAGUGGUGAAUUCUUGGCAUUGCUGGCUAGUAUGGUGGGCGUCCUUGUCGGCUCUUUUCCCCGAAGUGCGCGAGCCCACCUCAAGGCACAGCACAGUACCGGCCUCUUCCCUUCUGCAUCCUCCAUGGUGGAACAAUGUCGAGCUGUUGCAAUGGAAGCUCGGGGCUCCCGUUUCAUAAUGAAGGAGGAGAUGAGUAUUGAUGAUGCAGCGACCAGCUACUUUCUGGGAAUUGCUGCCGCUGAUACACUACAAUGGAAGAUGUGUAAGCGCUUCCUGACGGAAACCAUGACAUUCUGCCGAGAGCUUGGGAUCCAUCGCCAAAGAAGCGAACCCAGUACUGAUUCCCAGUCACUCGCCCUUGGAUCAGAAUCUAACACUGUGGUUGAUAAGCCUAUCGAUCACAUACAGGAUCAGAUCGGCAAGCGAAUCUUUUGGGUUAUGGUUGCUGGGGUUAGAACCAUGACCCAGCUAGGAGUAUCCAUUAACGAGAUCCCUUUGCCCCCGCUUACUUCCCAGGAGCCGUACCCUGAGCAGCCUGCAGAAGUUGACGAUGAGCACAUAUAUCGUGAUCAUAUACUGCCCCAACCCGAAGGUACUGUUUCGUUGAUUACUGGCUUCAACCGUAACGUUCGUGUCUACAUGACGAUGAAUGAACUGAUCGGCGUCGAUAUGUGCUAUGGGAUAAGUUUUUUCGACUGGAAUGCCCAGAAGAAUAUACUCAGCAACGCCCUGGCAAGUGCUAAACAGGCUGCCGAGGACCUACCCCCAGAGCUUCAAGUGAAGACGGAUAAUCUCCAACAUGUUCAGAACCACAACAUGGGAUUCGAUAAUUCGGACUUGGAGUACUAUCCGCCUGCUCUCCCUCACGCACAGGCUACAAAUGAUUUGCGACGCAUAUUUGCGGAGCAGCCUGUUCGUCGUCGCCAUCUCCAAUUUGAGAUACAGAAAGCCAAUAUUCAAUUAUCACAACUUGCGACUCGUUCUUAUUUUGUAGAGCGAUACCUCAACCUCCGCGAAGCACAUCGCGCAGGCCCUAACUUUGCUGAACGGGAGAGGACCAAGGAGAAGGAUGAGCGAGAUAAGAUGAUGGAAGACGAACGAGAAGUCAUCAUUCAGAAUCUCGUCACAGUGCUAGCGUCCAUUAACCAGCUAAACAUGGAACCAAACGGCUGCUCGCUCAUCAACAAAAUACGGCAAGUAGCUAGCACCUUGCUACCUGGCAGCGCAGAACACAAGGGAGUUGUAGCUGCCAAGGCGGAGGAGUACCUGAACGGAUUCCUCGACAUCCUUAUGAGGUUGGAAAAGGUGGGAGCGGCUCCACGUAAUGUAGCGAUGACGCCUCAAAACGAAGAGGAAGAGUUACGAAAUUGGGCCAGUCUCAGAGAAUAUCAAAUCCAGUUCAUGUCGAGCGGCGGUUUCCUCGGAGACGGUUACUAGAUUUGGUUAUUACAAUGAGAUGAUCGGUAUUCCAACCUAAGGGGAAAGUUGAACAGGUGGCUUUGGGGGUUGCGUAUAUACCCAGUAAUGUGUGUAUGCAUAGGUACGAAUGUGAUCUGUGUAGAAAGAUGAGGACGAGCAGCUUCGCUUCGCCAGCAAUGAUGACUUUAAGAUAACUGUUGUGUGUGUAUAUAAGCCCCCUAUCCCUCUUCAGUUCAAUUGUCACCGGGAAUGUAUAGAUGGCGCGAGUGUCUAUUACUAGAAGUUCAUUUGCGAAGAGAUUAUUUCGUGCCGAGGCUAUGCUGCCUACUUGUACAUACACAUAUGUAGAUCGUCCAUUACGAGGGAUUGAUGUGAGGUUCUAGGUACCUAUUGAGGAUAUUUGGCCAAUGUCUAUGUAUUAUAGAUAGUAGAGACGAGGGCUAAAAUUCGAAUCGUCUUUCUUCUUUU